AUGGUUGUAGGAAGGAAUAACACGAUUGUGACAAAAUUCAUCCUCCUGGGAUUUUCAGACCAUCCUCAAAUGAAGAUUUUCCUUUUUGUGUUAUUUCUGGGGAUUUACCUCCUGACCCUAGCCUGGAACCUGAGCCUCAUUGCCCUCAUCAGGAUGGACUCCCACUUGCACACGCCCAUGUACUUCUUCCUCAGUAACCUAUCCUUCCUAGAUAUCUGCUAUGUGUCCUCCACAACUCCGAAGAUGCUCUCUGACAUCAUCACAGGGCAGAAAACCAUUUCUUUUGUUGGCUGUGCCACGCAGUACUUUGUGUUCUGUGGAAUGGGGCUGACUGAAUGCUUUCUUUUGGCAGCCAUGGCAUAUGACCGCUAUGCUGCAAUCUGCAACCCAUUGCUCUACACAGUCCUCAUAUCCCAUACACUUUGUUUCAAGAUGGUGGCUGGGGCCUACGUGGGUGGAUUCCUCAGUUCUUUGAUUGAAACAUACUCUGUCUAUCAGCAUGAUUUCUGUGGGCCCAACAGGAUCGACCACUUCUUCUGUGACCUUCCUCCAGUUCUGGUUCUGUCCUGCUCUGAUACCUUUGCCAGCCAGGUGGUGAACUUCAUUGUGGGUGUUGUUGUUGGAAUGGUUUCUGUCCUUGUGAUCCUCAUUUCUUAUGGUUACAUUGUUGCUGCUGUCCUGAAGAUCAGCUCAGCUAAAGGCAGGUCCAAGGCUUUCAACACCUGUGCUUCUCAUCUAACAGCAGUUUCCCUCUUUUAUAUCUCGAGUGUCUUUGUCUAUUUGAGUUCCAGCUCUGGCGGUUCCUCCAGUUUUGACAGAUUUGCAUCAGUAUUCUACACCGUGGUCAUCCCCAUGUUGAAUCCUUUGAUUUACAGUCUGAGGAACAAGGAAAUCAAAGAUGCCUUGAGGAGUUUACAGAAGAAGAGAUGGUACUGCUGA